ACCACGGAAAUAGCAUAUAAAAUUAAUAAUCAGCCAUACUGCUACCAUACUAGCCAUACUGCUACUUGGGGGUGAUACUGCUUGCUCUCUGACUUUCUUCCUCGGUCAGGUGUAGUCGGUCACUGUUUCGGCUCUUCGUCUACCACUUCAAGUGCCAACAUGUCCACUGAAAAAUGUUUCGCUAACGUGCCGCACCUGGUCCAGUGCCCAAAGGCCACAUUAGACUGUACAGCAUGAGGUUCUGCCCUUUUGCCCAGAGGACCAGAUUAGUGUUGAAUGCCAAAGGAAUCACAUAUGACACCGUCAACAUCCACCUGAAAGACAAACCAGACUGGUUUCUUGAGAAGAAUCCUCUUGGUCUUGUCCCAACGCUUGAGACACCUGCUGGUGAGGUGAUAUACGAGUCACCCAUCACCUGUGAAUACCUGGAUGAAGUUUACCUUGAAAAGAAGCUGCUUCCCUCCUCUCCCUUUGCUAAGGCUCAGCAAAAGAUGAUGCUGGAGCACUUUUCCAAAGUGACACCAUACUUCUACAAGAUCCCAAUGGGUAAAAGGAAUGGAGAGGAUGUCUCUGGACUGGAAGCUGAACUGAAAGAAAAAUUUGCCAAAUUAAGUAAGGACCUUGCUAACAAGAAGACCAAGUUCUUUGGCGGUGAUUCCAUAACAAUGAUUGACUACAUGAUGUGGCCUUGGUUUGAGAGGCUGGAGACCUUUGAGUUGCAACAGUAAGUAGCAGUCUUUAAGUUUAAAGGGUGUUUAAAAUGAAUGUUUAACUCAUACAAUAAUUUAAAGAAACUUGAGGUCAUCUGAAGGGAAACUAACUAUACAAAGGUUUAGACAAGAGAAAAAAGAGGGAUUCCCACAGUGACGGAGCACAUUGAUCAGUGCUAUUUGUCAUUGUUCCUUUUGUGAGAUCAGAAGGGUAUGCUAUGAAGCAAGUGGUAUACUUCCAGGCUUUCUUUGUGUUUGUUGGCUUGUCAAAACUUGAGAACCCAGUGAGACACUACACGCCUCACAGUGUUGGAUUAAAGACAGAUUUUCUGCAUUGCGCUCAAUGCACAAAGGGGGACACAUGACAUAAUUUCGCUCUUUCACCACACAAUGUGGAUCAAUCGAAUGCGGCCUCCUUUUAGUCAUAGACAUUAUCACAGCUGAUAGGGAUCCAUAAAGAAUCACUAUAAAAUCCAUAUAAUGGCAAAAGGAGCUCCAAGUAAAGCAAUGCUGCAGGGAAAAGCAGAUCUUAAGAAC